CCCGGUUCGACCGAACUAAACCGGUUCUCCUUCUUCUCCGCCUCGACUCCUCCAUGAGAGCUCAGUGCUCUCCGAUCUCGAGCUCGAGCUCCUCCAUUCUCCAUUCGAUCUCCAGAAGGCCUCGAUUCCUCUUCUCUCUUCCAACCAUCGCUCCUUCCUACCGCCCCCUCACAUCCUUGAAACCCAUAUCCAUCAAUGGCUUCAAUUCUAGCCGUCACAGUGCUGAAGCUCUACCUCAGUGCUCUAAGAUCGAAGACGAGGAGGUUGAGAAUGGAAGCGUGCAUUGCGAGAUGGAGACGGUUUCAUGGCGAGAGCGCCGGAUCAAGGCCUGCAUUUUGGUCGAUGCUGAUGUUGAAUCAGUGUGGAAUGUCCUCACUGAUUAUGAGCGCCUAGCUGACUUCGUUCCCAAUCUCGUGUACAGUGGGAGAAUUCCUUGCCCCCAUAGAGGAAGGAUAUGGCUAGAGCAGAGAGGCCUGCAGCGUGCUCUCUAUUGGCACAUCGAAGCCCGGGUUGUUCUUGAUCUUCAGGAGCUCCCUGAUUUGGAUGAUGGGUGUGAGCUUCUUUUUGCUAUGGUCGAUGGUGAUUUUAAGAAGUUCGAAGGGAAGUGGUCUGUGAAAGCUGGUCCAAGAGCUUCAACUGCGGUUUUGUCCUAUGAAGUCAAUGUGAUACCCACAUUUAACUUCCCGGCCAUUUUUAUUGAGAGAAUCAUCCGGUGUGAUCUUCCGGUGAAUCUCCGAGCAAUUGCUUGUAGAGCAGAAAGAAACUCCGAAGAAAAUCAGAUGUCUAGUGAUCCUAAAGCCACAUCUGGGGUUAUAUCUGACACUGAUCUGUUGUCACCAAACCAAUUGAAUGAGAAACACGCUUCUUUUGGUAAUGUUUCUCCUGCACCUUCGAUUGAACACAACAGUAAAUGGGGUGUGUUUGGGAAAGUCUGCAGGCUUGAUAGGCCGUGCAUGGUGGAUGAAGUUCAUCUUCGUAGAUUUGAUGGCCUAUUGGAAAAUGGAGGAACUCAUCGAUGUGUUGCUGCUAGCAUCACUGUGAAAGCUCCUAUUAGUGAAGUGUGGAAUGUUUUGACAGCCUAUGAAGCAUUGCCUGAGUUUGUUCCUAAUUUAGCAAUCAGUAAGAUUUUGUCGAGGGAAAAAAACAAAGUUCGGAUUCUUCAGGAAGGUUGCAAAGGUCUUCUUUAUAUGGUACUCCAUGCACGUGUUGUUCUAGAGCUACAUGAAAUCUUUGAACGUGAGAUCAGCUUUGAGCAAGUUGAAGGGGACUUUGACUUAUUGAAAGGGAAAUGGCAUUUAGAACAACUUGGAAAUCAGCACACUCUAAUGAAGUAUACUGUGGAGUCGAAAAUGCAUAAAGAUACCUUUCUAUCGGAAGCUAUUGUAGAAGAGGUUGUAUAUGAAGAUUUACCAUCAAAUCUAUGUGCUAUUCGUGACUUUGUUGAAAAUAGACUCCUGAUUAUUGACCCAUUGAAACCAAUAGAUGCAAAAGUAGUUCGAGUGGAAAAUUCUUUUUGUGUCUCAGAGAGUAAACCUGCCAAGCAGAAUUCCAGCUUUGAUGCAUCAUCAAACUCAUCAAGGCAAAGAUCAAAAGUUCCAGGUUUACAAAGUGAUAUUGAAGUUCUCAAAGCCGAACUUUUGAAGUUCAUCUCAGAGCAUGGUCAGGAAGGGUAUAUGCCCAUGAGAAAACAACUUCGUUCGCAUGGAAGAGUGGACAUUGAGAAAGCAAUAUCAAGGUAUGGUGGAUUUAGAAAGACUGCAAUCUUAUUGAACCUCUCCCUUGCUUACAAACAUCGGAAACCAAAAGGUUACUGGGACAACCUUGAGAAUUUACAAGAAGAGAUCAGCAGGUUUCAGAGAAAAUGGGGAAUGGAUCCUGCAUACAUGCCAAGCAGGAAAUCAUUCGAACGUGCAGGACGAUACGACAUUGCUCGAGCACUGGAAAAAUGGGGUGGUCUGCAGGAGGUUUCUCGCCUUUUAUCACUGGAGUUGAGACAUACCCGAAGACGAUCAAACCUUGAAAAAUCAAGCAAGCUUACUGAUACUGCAACCAGUGAUGAUUCUAAUGCUCAAGGCAAGAUGUCAAGUAAGCCUUUAGUUUCUCAGGAUGCACAGAAAUGGCUCAUGAAACUCAAGGAUUUGGAUAUUAACUGGGUUGAAUGAAACCACAGGCCUUAAAUCAUCAGUUCUUGAACAUUUUUAUGUAUAUAUUAUUAUCUCAUUCCAACUUGACAAACAUUUUGUUUGUAUUAUUAAAAUCUUAUGAUUUAGAAUCAAUUGAUUAUGUAUAUGAAUUGACAAACAUUUUGAA